AUGGCAGGAGACGCUGAAGACCGCGCCGCGCUCGUCAACCGACAGCUCCCAGAGAUGACACUGUCGACAGCCGACAACCCUCUCACAGCGCCUAGACCACCACCAGAGAACCUGUCUACCGCAGAGAGAGCGCAGUAUAGGUUCCAGGUCAGGGGCAAUGCGAUCAUCACCGGUGGCGCCGGCACCCUCGCCCUCGAAGCCGCAGCCGCCCUCCUCGAACACGGCGCCACGGGCCUCGCCCUCUGGGACAUGAACCCCGACCAAGCCUUCGAAAGCGUCAAGAAACUACACUCCAAGUUCCCCCACGCGCGCAUCAUAACCGAAGCCGUCGAUGUACGCGACGAGAAGGCAAUCGCCUCAGCCGUUGAAAGCACUGUCAAGACAUGCUCUGCUGUUUCGCCGGCGUGGUAG